CACCAAAAUGAAAGUGAAAGCAAAGAGACUGCAUGAGAUUCGUAGAAGUUUUAUUUCAGGCUCUGACCUGGGAGGGUGCAAGGUCUGCCACUCUGUGCCCGGCUCUGAAAACUCUGUUCUUGCCAAACGGACCCCAGACUCAUGUCGGCCCUCCAUGCCCUUCAGAAGAAACAGGCCCAACUAAAGAUGAGGCUGUGGGAGCUGCAGCAGCUGAAAAUGAAGCUCAGGGACAGAGAAAGCUUCCCACCAGACAAGGUCCCAUUCCCAAUGCCUGAGGUCCCCCUGGUAUUCCGAGGACACAUUCAGCAGGGCAGGGAAAUGGCCAAGUCUGUGGUCUCCAACCUGCAGAUCUGUUACCCUCUGCCUGGAGGCUCUGCUCUGGUCACCUUUGAUGACCCCAAUGUGGCCAAGCAAGUGCUGCAGCAAAAGGAGCAUACGAUCGAUAUGGAAGAGUUCCGGCUGCGGGUGCAGGUCCAGCCCUUGGAGCUGCCCAUGCUGACCACCAUCCAGGUGGCCAGCCAGAUGAGUGAUAAGAAAGUGCUCGUCAGUGGGAUUCCUGCUGGGCUCAAGCUGAGUGAAGAGGAGCUGCUGGACAAGCUGGAGAUCUUCUUUGGCAAGACCAAGAACGGGGGUGGUGAUGUGGAGACACGGGAACUGCUACAAGGGGGUGUCGUGCUGGGCUUCACUAAGGAUGGAGUGGCCCAGCAGCUGUGCCAGAAGGGUCAGUUCUCAGUGCCACUGGGUAAGCAGCAGUUCUCUCUGACAGUCUCUCCCUACGUGAGCGGGAAGAUCCAGAAGGCCGAGGUCAGGUCCCAGCCUGUGCCCCAGUCGGUGCUGGUGCUCAACAUUCCUGACGUCCUGGACGGCCCGGAGCUGCAGGACGUCUUGGAGAUCCACUUCCAGAAGCCUACCCGUGGGGGUGGGGAGGUGGAAGCCGUGACAGUCGUGCCCCCAGGACAGCGGGGCCUGGCAGUCUUCACUGCCAAGUCGGUCUAGGAGCCUGUUCCGCUCGUCACCCCCACUCCUCUGCCAAGGUUCCCAAACCGGAUGGGGUGGGGGCAGGGCUCUGAGAGAGGGAUGGCACUGGUCACCACUGGCAGGGAGUAGGAGUUGUGAAACGCCGCCUAAGAGCAAGAAAACUGCCUGAGAAGGCUUCCUGGCA